AUGAGUUCAGGGUAUAGAAAACAAAAAGAACCCCAGAUAUUUGAUGGUAGCACAGAUUUCAGAGUGUAUAUAAUUCAUUUUGAACAAGUGGCUGAGUGGAAUGGUUGGACUGAUUGGGAAAGGGCUCAGCAGCUAAUGAUGUCUUUACGGGGUCCAGCCCAAAGAAUAUUGUCCGAUUUGACAUUGGGACAGACUAGGGAUUAUGGUCAUUUGAGAUCCUUUUUGAGGGAGAGGUUUGAUCCCACAGGGAGGGAGGUAGCAUAUUCAUGUCAGUUCAAAUGUAGAAAUCGACGAGAUACAGAGACUUUCGUGGACUAUGGGCAGGAACUCCGUAGAUUAGCUGGUUUAGCUUUCCCCAAUUUGGCUGUUGGUGCCAGAGAAACCAAUGAAAUGGAUCAAUUUAUAAUGGGACUGGGUAGCUUUGAAUUAAGGAAGCGUGUCCAAUUUAAACAUCAAACUACACUAGAAGCUGCAAUCACAGCAGCAAUAGAGUUUGAAGCAUUUGAGAGGGAGCAAGUCACUUUUCGUAAACCCAAGUCUUAUGUAGAGACAGAGCAAGCACAUAUACAUGCAUGUAGAGACACAGAGCCUCAGACAUCUCAGGAGCAAGAAAGAGAUUUGGCAUCUCUGUUGCUAGAGGGUUUCGAAAAAUUAGGGAAACAGUUGGCAGGAACAGGGAGAGGGAAUAACAGACAGUUAAACACUAUCACAAAGAAAGAUGCUUACCCGCUCCCCAGAAUAGACGAUGCACUUGACACCUUAACAGGGGCACAGUGGUUCUCUACCCUUGACCUUGCUAGUGGGUACUGGCAGUGUAAAAUAGCAGAUAAAGAUCGGGGGGAAAACAGCAUUCAGUACACAUAA